UAAAGUGUUCUGGCGAGUAGCGUAAAUUAGUCAGAGAACGAAUUAAUUAAACACAAAUGACAGGGUAGUUGGAAAUGUUCGCGGCAAAUUGUUAUGUGUUAAUGUUAAAGUGUUCUCUUUUCAGGUCACCAACAAUGGCCGGUGGAUUGUUUGCUAUUGACAGAUCGUAUUUCUUUGAGAUCGGUUCUUAUGAUACUGAAAUGUCUUAUUGGGGAGGAGAAAAUGUUGAAAUUUCCUUUCGGGUAAGUUCCGAGAAAAUUUUUGUUGUCACUCAGUGAAACUACGCUUACUAUUUCUAAACUUUUAUACCCGCGCCCUUAUUGGUUUGCUAAGUUUGUUUGAGUGCUCACUCAGAUCAAAUCUAUUAAUUAACACGAGUGCUUUGUCUUUCUGUUUAUUAGACACACAAGAUAAAGGACAUCUUUAAAUUAAUGGUUUUUUAUUAUUACUCAACUGUACUCAUGUCAGGUGGUUUCAGUUUUCUUCCUCUUUUGUUUGUUUGUUUCUUUUCUUUUUUUUCUUUUUCUCUCUUUCUUUUUUCGUUUCCUGACUUCCUAGAGCCGUAGUUUCUGAAAAUUUUCUAAGUACGAUUUUCAAAAAUGAACACCUAUAAAAGGUUUUUUAAUAUUAUUUUAGAGAAAAAUUCCGCAAAGCAUUCGCCAGGAAACAGAGUUUUAUGGUUAUUUUCAGAUUUGGAUGUGUGGCGGGUCUCUGGAAAUCCUGCCAUGUUCCAAGGUUGGUCACGUGUUCAGAGAGAGCCAGCCGUACAAGAUCGGCGAGGGAGCCAUUGACAAAAAUAACAUGAGACUUGCGGAAGUAUGGAUGGACGAUUACAAACAAAUAUUCUACGCCAUGAGGCCUCAGCUCAAGGAGAAAUCUUUUGGGGAUAUAACCGAGCGGAAAGCUUUAAGAAAGAAACUGAAUUGCAAAAGUUUCAAGUGGUAUCUGGAGAAUGUAAUCCCAGAAUUGAAUGUCCCGGAUAUGUAUCCUUACGGAAGAGGAGAGGCGAGUAGGAUAUGUAUUCUUAAGGGGAGGAAAUUUGGUGAUAUGUGCAUAUUUACGGGAGAGUAG